ACCAUCAACAAUGGUUCGUCUAAGCCUCAAAUCUCCACUUCUAUCCACCUUCUCCCUCCUCUUCUUCUUCAUCUUCUUCACCAUUUCAUUUGCAGAACUCUGCAACCCAAACGACAAGAAAGCUCUCCUAAACAUCAAGAAAGCAUUUAACAACGCGUACUACUUCGCCUCAUGGAAGGCCGAAGAAGAUUGCUGUACUUGGUACAGCGUCCAAUGUGAUGAGAACUCCCACCGCAUCAUCUCCCUCACUUUGGCCGUCGACAAACAAAUCUCCGGCCAAAUCCCGCCGCACGUCGGCGAACUCCCAUUCCUCCAAUACCUCACCUUCCACAAGCUCCCAAAUCUCGUCGGCCCCAUCCAACCCGCCAUUGCCAAACUCCACAACCUCAAACACCUGGACAUAAGCUGGACCAAAAUCUCCGGCACCAUCCCGGACUUCCUCAGCUCCCUCUCCAACCUCUCCUACAUUAGCCUCUCAUUCAGCAAUCUCUCCGGCGCCAUCCCGAGCUCCCUCUCCAAGCUCCCAAAUCUCUCCUAUCUCCAAUUGGACCGGAGCAAACUGACAGGACAAAUCCCAGAUUCUUUCGGGGACUUUAAGGCUGAAAAUUUCAACCUUUAUCUUUCCCACAACAAACUUUCCGGCAAAAUCCCACCUUCCCUCUCCAAAGUGGACUUCAGCGCCAUUGAUUUGUCAAGGAACAAGCUUGAAGGCGACGCCUACAUGAUAUUUGGAGCACAAAAGAAGGCUUGGAAUGUUGAUUUGUCGAGGAAUUUGUUGGCGUUUGACAUGUCCAAGGUUGUCUUCUCAACGAACUUAUUUAUGUUGGAUGUUAACCAUAAUAAGAUCUUUGGGGGUUUGCCGCCUCAGAUGUCGAAACUUAGUCUCACUUCUUUGAAUGUGAGUUACAAUAGGCUUUGUGGUCAGAUUCCGAAGGGUAAAAAGUUGAAGAGAUUUGGUGUUGAUUCGUAUUUUCAUAAUAAGUGUUUGUGUGGUAAACCACUUGAGAGCUGUAAGUGAUGAUCUAUUUCUCAUUGUCGCGUGGAAUUUCAAGUUUCUAUUAAUAAAAGUGUUGUGUAAGCUUUUUAUUAA